AUGACUAUUAAGUUGGUCAUUGGGGGGCUUACGGUUCACGUCUGUAGUGCUUAUGCGAUGCAGGUGGUCCUGGACGAGGAGGAGAAGAGGAGAUUUUGGGAGGUUUUGGACGAAGUGAUUCGGGGCGUGCCUAGUUCGGAGAAAAUUCUCAUAGGAGGGGACUUCAAUGGGCACAUCGGGUCGUUGCCGAUGAGGUACGAUGAUGUGCAUGGAGGCUUUGGUUUUGGGGAUAAGAAUGACGAGGGAGAUGCCCUUUUAGAUUUUGCGAGGGCUUUUGGGUUGGUGGUAGUUAAUUCCAGCUUUUCGAAGAAGGAGAAACAUCUGAUUACUUUCUGUAGUAGGGUUGCCAAGACCCAAAUUGACUUUUUUGCUGCUUAA